UCCAAUUUUUAGAAAUCCUCAGUGUCUACGUGAUCAAUUGUAAAGUCUGAUCAAUGAAGAAACAAAAGAAACAACAACAGUUGGUUUUGGCACGGGACACUCAUUCCAAAAUGUGUAUAAAUAAGAUUGCAGGAGUUAUUUUUGGCACCUUUGAAUUUGAAAAAGUGUGUUCAUUUUUUUGAUUUUCAGAAAUAUGUCUACUACAGUACUUCUUCUUUUCCUGUUUGCAAUCUCUGCAAAUUGUUCGAUUUUAUCGUUCCAUAGAAAUUUACUUGGCGAGGAAUCCGAGGAUUGCUUUGAAAAAGUGUUUUUGGCAAUUAUCAGUGGAAAACAUGAGUGUUCAAAAGACUACGAUUUUCUUGCUAGAAAUCUCAUUCAAAGACGAGAAGCCUUAACCUCUGGGAAGGAAUGUUUCCUGGAAAUAGUUAAGGAAGAAUGCCCGGAAGAAAAGUUUAAACUCAUCGAAGAAAACUAUAGUCAACUUGUGACACUUCUGACUGAAAAACCAAAAGAUAAUGGAGCAUGUACUGCUCCAUAUUUUCAAUUAGAAGAAAUUGAGUGCAACGCUCAUAAGCAUGCUCUUCAAUUAGAAAUGCAGGAACAAACUGGAGAGAAGGAGACUCAUGAUGGAGCUGUUAAGGUGCUGAAAAUGUGCAAAAAUGCUGAGACUUGCGUGCAUGACUCUUGCAAGUUCACAAAUUUCGAGCGAGAAGAGAUUGAGAACAGCUGUGAUGUGCUCGAACUGACAACAUCUGACUUCACAGUGUGCAUGAACAAGAUCAACAAGGAGAAGCCUGAUUUAUCAAAAUACGAAUGCCUCAAGGAUCAUGAUUUCUAUAGCAAAGAUUCCGCGGCAAUUUGUGAUCGAUGGGAAAAUAAGAAAGAUUGUUUGAGAACUGUUACAAUCGAUAUUUGUGGAAAAGAUGUGAUGAAGAGCGACGAGAAGUUUUUGAACAGAUUUUUGAAAGAUUUGAAAUGCAAACACUAAAUUCUAUAAUUGUUAUGUAUGUAUAUAGUAUAAUUCUAAUAUAAUUGUAAAUCUAUUUGAAACUGUGAAUAAAUGUUUU